AACUUCCUUUCAAAACAACAUGGUGGUGGUGGAAGACGAAACAAGAAAAUGCGUUUAGAAAAGUGUUAUUUUUGUUCUUCCACCAUCUACCCUGGUCACGGGAUACAGUUUGUUCGUAACGAUUGUAAGAUUUUUAGGUUCUGUCGGUCAAAAUGUCAUAAAGCAUUUAAAAACAAGAGAAAUCCACGAAAGGCCAAGUGGACAAAAGCUUUCAGAAAGGCUGCAGGGAAAGAGCUUGCAGUGGAUCCAUCACUGGAAUUCGAAAAACGCAGACAUGUCCCCGUCAAAUAUAACAGAGAACUUUGGCAGACAACAUUCAAAGCAAUGAAGAGAAUAGAGGAGAUUCGAGUAAAAAGACAAAACCAAUUCAUUCUAAACAGAUUAAAUAAGGGCAAAGAACUCAGGAAAGAAGCGGACGUGAAGGAGGUUGAAACAAACAUACACUUAAUCAGAGCACCAGCAGCUCGAGCCAAGAAACUUGAGAAGAAGAUGGUACAGGUAAUACAGGAAGCAGAUGAUGAAGAUAUGGAAGAAGUUUAGGGAUCCAAGGAAGGGGGAUCUAACAGGAGUGGAGAGAUUAUUACUGUACACUGACAUUCUAUAGAAUGACAAACUGUUAUGUGACCUCGAUUGUUUUAUUCUUCAUCAAAAUUGAGAAGUUUUUCUUUUUGUACUCAUAACUGAUGAAAGAACAUUUUUAUAAAUCAUUAAAAUUAAUGGUUUAAAACAGACAAAAAGAUGUUGUCUGUUACCUUUUUAAAGGUAGUAAUAUUUAAUAAAUUGAAAAGGAUGUUUCAGAAGUUAUUUUCAUUGGAAUUUUUAAUGGUAUCAAUUAACAAAAAUUAAGUAUUAGUUAUUGGGACAAAUUGGUGACAAGUGCGAAGCAUGAGUCAGUCAGUCUCCUCCCCUUGUCCAAUUAAAUCAGGACACCAAAAUAAAGAAAUAUUAAAUAACUUGCUUGUAUUAUGACGAAAUUGUCUUAUGCCAGCCUUUGUUGCAUGAUUUUUUAUGAGACCAUUAAAAAAUAGUUAUUCUUUGGUGACCAUGUC